AUACAAGCCCCUCGCUCCGAUCAGUGUUGUUUGCUUGGACAAGCUUCAAGAAAGAUUCAAUCUUGCUUGCUCCUGUGUCUCUCUAAAGCUUCUCGCCGCAUUGUUGAUGGCCUACAGCUCCAGGUCCCACCGGACGAGGGAUCCCAUCAAAACAAUAUUUUGUUCCUUGAUAAGCCGCCAUUGAUUCAUACAAUAACUUCAGUGUUCCAUGCCUAGUUGUUCUGUUUGCAAUCUAGGCCCGUCCCCCUUGUUUGGUCGUGCGACAGAGCUACAUGAACCCGUAAUUAGCGAUUCGUCACGAUAAAUCUCACACUCAACAAACAUGGAAGGCCUAGUGGAUCCAGAGUCAAUUUACAUGAAGCAGAAUUGCAUUGGGGGUGGGAGCUUUGGGCGUGUCUACAAAGGGGUCGAUAAGCGGACGGGCGCCUCUGUUGCAAUCAAGAUUAUCGAUGUGGAAAAUGCUGAAGACGAAGUCGAAGACAUCAUCCAAGAAAUUGCCAUCUUAUCUGAACUCAACUCCCCAUAUGUGACAAGGUACCAUGGCUCUUUUUUGAAGGGCUCAAGCUUAUGGAUAGUUAUGGAGUUUUGCUCUGGGGGUAGUUGUUCUGAUUUGAUGCGCCCGGGGACAAUCCCGGAGGAUUAUAUCAUGAUCAUCCUGAGAGAACUCCUUCGAGGACUAGACUAUCUUCACAGCGAUAAAAAGUUGCACCGCGACAUAAAAGCUGCAAAUAUUCUCUUAACCUCAAGUGGGCAGGUAAAACUAGCGGAUUUCGGUGUUUCUGGCCAACUAUCCGCAACGAUGACGAAGAAGAACACCUUUGUAGGUACACCUUUUUGGAUGGCUCCAGAGGUUAUCAAGCAAUCAGGGUAUGAUUACAAAGCAGAUAUCUGGUCUCUCGGGAUCACAGCAAUUGAACUGGCCAAUGGAGAGCCCCCAUACUCUGAUAUUCAUCCUAUGAAGGUCUUGUUUCUGAUCCCAAAGAACCCUCCCCCCACUUUGCAAGGAAAUUUCAGCAAAUCUUUCAAAAACUUCGUUGAGCUCUGCCUGCGCCGCGAUCCUAGGGAACGACCGUCUGCCAGAGAAUUGCUUGAACACCCUUUUAUCAAGAGGGCGAAGAAGACCAACUAUUUGACAGAAUUGAUUGAACGCUAUGAACGGUGGCAUGCUGUCUAUGGCAACAAAAAUGCCGAUGAUGAAGAAGAGCCUGCAUUUGAGCCUCCACCGAAGCCCACAAACGCCGAAGACGAGGAUGAUCUUUGGGAUUUUGGGACUGUACGCCCCGCUGGACGGGGCCCUGGUCUAAAGCCCAUGAAAGAAGCGGAUAUGAACACACGAGGUCACGAAUCGUCAGAGUGGGAGCCUAAAGAUCGGCCACCAAGAGAAUCAGUGGAAAUAAAUAAUUACACACCACAGAGACCUGCACAGACGAAGCACAUUUCAACGGCUGCGUCAAAGCCUUCAUCACCAACAAAAGUUCCGCUACCACCAUCCCCAGUGAAACAGGGCCCGGCAGAGGUCAACCCUCGAACACCAUCCCAACUUCAGAGACCAAUUCCCCAACAGCUAAAGGAGAGCCCUGGCAGUGAAUACGAUAGAGCUCUGCAACAAUCCUUGGCCCGAGACAUAUCUUUUCUUCAUAUUGAUCCUACCCCAGAAAGUCCCUCGCCCUCCGUGAACAGCCGGCGUGCCGUUCCAGCUCCACAAGAAAGUAGAAAAGCCAAUCUACCUCGCGCUUUGGGGGUCUCAUCACAUCAGGAACGCAUGCCAGCACAGCCCUUGCGACGUCCUUCGGACCAGAGUCCUAAACCUGCAGCGGAAACCCGUCCUCACCACCAAGCGUUCCAACCAUCUCCUCGCCCACCACCAACACCAAGACACGCAUCUCCCCAACCACAACGACAUCUCCAGACACCAUUGCAGCCUCCUGGUCUGGGGAGUAGUUUUGGUCCGCUUCACAGGGGUAUGGACUCUAAUCUACAGCCUAGUGUUGAAAUGCCUCCAUCAAACGACAUUACAGCGCUGAAUAGUGUUAUCUUACCUGCUCUAAAGGCGGCUGUUCGCCGUCGUUCUCGUCGCCUGGAACUUCUAUCGCGCAACCCUAGUGCAGAAAAUGGCCAUACCAGAAUGGAAACAUACGAACUCCAAUCGAAUCGGGAAUAUGUUCAGCAAAUGAUGGAGUCUCUUGUGAACGACUUGGGUGGAAUAUUCACAAGGAUUGAGCGUUGGGACAACGAAGCACCCGUCGGAAUGGGCGCCGAUGUCUCCUCAUUCUUGGAAGGAUUCCUAGAAGAAGUACUCGUCAGAAUUGAACCCGCUGAUGAAGAACUACCGACACCCAGGAAUUGAACAGUAGGCACAUUUUCCUCGCCGUUGAGGUUUUCUUGUGGCUAGCUUUACACACUAGGGUCGAUAUGGUAUUGAUAUUGGUCUGCCGGGCUUGCGAUUUGCAUAUAGGGAGCUUAUUGUCCGGACAUUAUAUCCCAAAUCGUUGAUGAAACAAGACACAUACAUGAAGAGUCAGAUACCGUCGUAUGACUGAUUGAAUACGCCUUUUAUGAUACGUGAGAUGCAUUCUCGUUUGUUUUAGCAUUUUCUCUUUGUCAAAUGUUCGGGGCUGGAUCCUUUAAACUCGAUUCCUGAGUUGCUUCAUGGGAACUCUAUGGCUUGCAUCUCAUUCUUUUUCUUUUCGAUCUUGUUUUUCUACUUUCAUAACUUGCGCUGAGGAUACGCUGAAGGAUUGCAAAGACUUUCUGUUACUGUACAUGUGCUUCGAAAUGCU